UCGAUUUUCCUCCCCGCGCUUGUUUGCGCCUCAACGGCCCCCUCGCUGAGGCAGGAACGCGGUAAUAUGGGGAAGGAAUGAAAAUAUAGACCCCCCCACCCCUCCCAGCCUCCCAUGGAGCCGCCUUCUGCAGCCUCCCGGGUCCCGAAGCUGGAGGAAGAAGUCAGGAGCCUCCAUGAGGAGCUGAGCCAGUGCCAGGCUGAUAAAGAAUUUGUGUGGUCUUUAUGGAAACGUCUCCAGGUUGCAAACCCAGAUCUUACACAAGCAGUCAGCUUGGUUGUUGAAAGAGAAAAACAAAAAGCUGAACUCAAGGACAGGAAGGUUUUAGAGAUUUUGCAAGUUAAAGACAGCAAAAUACAGGCACUGGAACAGCAAACAUGUGGACAUCAAGAAGAAAUAAACAACCUGGUUCAGAGAAAAAUGUCUGUAGAUGAAGAAAAUAGUGCCUUGAAGAGUGAACUCCACAUCUUACAGCAGAAAUUUAAAGAUAAAAUCCAGGAACUUAAGGACACUAAGGAGUGUGCACUGAGAAAGGAUGAGCAAAGCAGACUGGUUAUAAAAAAUCUGGAGGAGGAAAAUGAGGGAUUAAGUACACGCUAUGCUGACCUGCUAAAUGACCUGGAGAAACUGAGGAAGCGGGAGGCACAGUGGAGAAUAGAGAAAUCUGGCAUCGAUGCAAAAAUAAAGAAUUUAGAAGCUGAUUUAACUGAUGCGAGGGGACAAAUGGAAGUCUUGCAUGGUCGAUGCAAUGAUCUGGCAUCUCAGCUGGGCAUUAAACAAACUGAAUUAACAGAAAAAGAUUUGGAUAUGGCCAAAACUAGGAAGGAGUUGCAGGAACUGCAGAAUCUCUACAAACAAAAUACUGAACAUGCAGCACAGCAGGCAGAGCUGAUCCAGCAGCUUCAGGCUCUCAAUAUGGACACACAAAAAGUACUGAGAACUCAGGAAGAUGCUCACACAGCGGAAACAGUUUCAUAUCAAAAACUUUACAGUGAAUUGACUGUAUGUUUUGAGAAACUCAAAGCAAGUGAGACUCAGCUCCGGCAAACUCAAAUAUCUCUCCAGAAUGAGCUACUUGAAAAAGAACGAUGUAUAAGUCAGUUGGAGGAGCAACUUCAGCGGGCUCUCAGUUCUGCGUCUCCACUGCCUCCAGAAACCUUUCCAACACAGAAAAAAGAGGAAUUCCAACAGUAUUCCUUAAAUGAGCUAGAAUAUCUCGUAACAUCACAACAGUCUGAAAUAAACCUUUUGAAAGAAAAAUUGAAAAGAGCAAAUCGUACACUAGCAAAUCAUAGCACUUGCAACAGAGAUUUCUUGGAUUGCAUCAGUGUUAGUGCUGGGAAGAAAUACAAGGAACCACCUGUGAAACGUUCAAGGUCUCUGUCCCCAAAGAGCUUUUUGAAAGAGCCGGAAGAAGUAAGGAAGCUUAAAAUAGCUGAAAGAAAGAUUGAAAACUUAGAAAAGACACUACAGCUAAAGAUCCAAGAAAAUGAUGAGCUGAGACAUGCCCAUGAAAAGCGCAAAAAAAGGCUGCAGAUGUUACAGACCAACUACAGAGCAAUAAAAAAGCAAUUAAAGCAAUGGGAGGAAGUCUAUAACAAGCCUGGAAGCAGUAAAAGUGGAAAGGAGCGUUCAGAUCCCCAACAUCUGUGUCAAGAAGAUUCUGAUGCUGUAUGGAAUGAGCUGGCAUAUUUCAAAAAAGAGCACAAAAAGCUAUUGAUUGAAAAAUUGAAUUUAGAAGAGGAAUUGGAUCAGUUGAAAGUACAAGUAUCUAAGGAUAAAGCUACAAUACAAGAUCUGAAUAUGUUCCUGCAACAAGAAAGAGAAGAGCUCCUCUUUAGACUUGGUGAAGAGGAUGGGGUCAAGAACAGUACUCCAAAGAAGAAUGUGAAAGAAAUAUCAGUACAGACAUUACAGAAGAUUUCGCAACUGGAAAGAAGACUAGAGGGGUUUGAGAAAGAAUCUGGAAUACUGAAGGAAGUCAAUCAAGGGUUAAGUAAGGAUAAAAGUGAUCUAAAAGCAUUGCUUAAACAGUGCAGAGAUGAAGCCGAGACCAGAGAGAAGAAGUUGGAGAUACUACUGGAAAAGAUCACAGAAAUAAAGGAGGACAAAGCAAACCUUCAAGUAAUGAUAGAUGGGUUGGAGAGAGAGGUCACCUCUCUGAAGAGGCAAGUGGCAGAAACAAACUCGUUGAGAAAGGAAAAGGAAGAUCUGCUGAGUCAAGUGAAGCAAUUGCAGAGUUCACUGGACAGAGCAAUGAUCACCAGCUCUAGGGCCACAAUGGAAACAUCCUGUGAGCAAUGUAGAUGUAAGAAUGCAACUGCCAAAGUUAAGUUGAAAACAGGGAAGAAAAAAAGCCUAUUGGAAUAUCACCAGUCUCUUCUCAAUCAGUCCAUCAAGGUUAUGAGCGGUGUAUUUGAGAACUUCAGUAAGGACGGCUGGGAGGAUAUGAGUGAAAGCAGUGACUCUGAAAUACCAGCCUCUGAAAACCAGAAGACAAAAACAGCACAGAAUGUUCCAGUGAUGAACAAAAAUGAUCAGCAGGAGCACAAUCAGAUGGAAGAUAAGGAAGCGGUUCCAGAGAGUAUGCAUUUAGAAAGCCAUUGUCAUAAAAAGCCAGAUGCUGAAGUUGGUCCUUUCCAAAGGAAGAAACUCCUAGACCCAGUACCCAUCUCUAGUAAAGUCAACCGAGACAAGAGGAGAGGUAUCGCAAUCCAGAAGUCUGGUUGCUCCACUUCACUCUGGGGACGGAUUUCAUCGUUACAGCAGCAAAUAGGUAUUCUGCAGAAUUUAAAAAGGACAGCGGUAUCAUCUCUCAAAAAGUGCAGAGAAAUCAAUAAAGAGCUCACAUCUCAACUCCAUGAAACCAAACAAAGGCUUGACACCAGCAAGCAAACUGUUCAGACCCUGAUGUCCAGCCUGACUGAGUUGCAGCGAGAAAAAUCAGAUUUGCAAGGAAAAUUGGACCACCUGACCCAAUCUACCAAACUGAGAGAGGGCCUGUCUCCAGUGACAUCUGGUCAUACUGGAACGACACCAGCAACUCCACUAAAGAAUGUCGAUUUGGAAAUGAAGCAGCUGCAGUGCAAAUUGAAGAAUGCAAAUAAUGAAAUCACUAAGCAUUCAUCAACCAUUAAAUCUUUGAAAUAUGAAGUCCAAGGAAAAGAAGAACAGAUGCGGGAACUACAAGAGAAGAUCUCUCGAAUGGAGAGGGACCUAAAUAUGAAAAGACAUUUAAUAGAAGAUUGGAAACUGCGUGUGAAAACAAAUCAGGAAAAGGAAAAGAGCUUCAAUGAAACAUUGCGAACUCUUGAAGAAAAGGUAAAGGCAUUGACUGAAGAUUGUUCUAACAAAAAAACAUCAAUUGAUUCACUAAAGCAGAGGCUUAAUGUGGCUACAAAAGAAAAAACACAGUAUGAGCAGAUGUAUCGCAAGGCUAAAGAGGAGUUGGAGAAAAAGGAGCUUAAACUUGCCACUCUAGAAGCUAAAAUGGCUGAGGCUGAAUGUGCUAUGACUGAACUUGAAACUACUGCGUCUCAACAACUCCAUGGCUUGGCACGACAAAGUGAACAGGCCCUUGAAGUAGUGCAGAAAAAGCUAAUGAUAUCAAAUGAGAAGGUGGAAGAAUUUGUUACCUUUGUAAAGACUUUGGCCACCGAAUUACAACGUAAUGUGAAAGAGAUGAGAACAAGAAUCAGAUGUGCCAAAAAACUGCAACAAGAGAAAAAAUGUGGCCCCAGCAUUUCCAAAGACUCUGUUAACCGAGCCCAGUACUUGGCAGCAUCUAUCCUUAAUAUUUCCAAGACAGAUUUACUGGAUAUACUUGAUGUUGAAGAUGAUGAGGAAACUGAGCAGAUGAAAAUGGAAUACGAAAAUGACAAAGAAUGGAUGUCCUACUUACAGAAGCUUCUUGAAGGACAGUUUCCUUUUGCUUCAUAUUUAAUGGAUGCAGUGGUGGAGAAACUAAAUGAGGAGAAGAAGCUGGCAGAAGAAUACAACUCUCUGGCGAAACAAAUGACCUAGGUGCUGGCAAACUGACUUCUGAAAGAAAGGAAGGACCGCUAUGCUUUUUCGUACCUUGCCUCCAUUCCUGAUGUUGGCUUGCAGUGACUAUUGACCUCCAGUUUAUGGUAGCAGGUGCAUUUGUUGCAUUUACAUAGUAUUUUCCUUAGAGGAAAUGGAAAUGCAACACUUUCAAAGUAAAUAUACAUCAUCAUGCACAUAUGCAAGUUCACUUCUUAUCUUAAAGUAUGAAACAAUCCUCAAAAAGAAAAUAGUAUUGACAGUAGGACUUACUUCUAAGUGAACAAAUGGCUGUAGAACUCCUUCCCUCCCACUCCAUUUAUUCGUAUGUUAUGGACAGUAAACGUUAGCCUUAUUCUAUAUCAAAGUAAGCAAUUUUCUUUGCUCCUUCUCCCAUCAAUUUUGCAAUUCUGCCCAGACUCAACCACUGCAGGUUUUACCAUCUCCAUCAAAAUUGUAGCAAAAGUAUUGGGAUUUUGGCAUUUGUUGCAAGUCUUUUCAGGGUAGUAGAACUAUGUGAUCCUACUCCAUCCCUGAGAAGAGAUACAGCAACACGCUCCAGUUGGCUUCCCGCCCCUUUCCUACAAAUUCAAAAUGCCUAAGUAAUAGUUUAACAUUAAUAGAUUUUCAAUUCAACAGAAAAUAGUCAAUCAUUUGCACCAAGAUGGCCUAUGCAUUUUCUUAUUAGGCAGUCAUAAAAAUAUGCAAUUCUGGUAGCUUUACAGAGCCUCUAUUCACCAAGUAGCACUAUUGGAUACAACCAAUUAAAACUGGACAAAACUCUUUUUUAUUAAACUUACAAAACAUGUAUGGAAAUGUAAUUUUAAUUCCUUCAAAGUUUGGUGUGCUUUGAAAAAAAACUUUGCUAAGAUGAAAGUUAAUUUUAUUUGCUAGGUAUAAGAUCAUUUUUAAAAGUGUGAAAAUAAACAAUGAUUAGUGAAUAAAAUUCUGGAUCUAUUCAGCAGGUAUGUUUCUCUCUUUACUGUGAAAAUGUAUUAAGUGUGGAAUUUAUUUAAUUUUAUUUAAGAAUUGUUUUGUCUAAAUAAAUAAUUUGGAGUUUAA